AUGGACUUCUUUAGCAGAGGCUAUGCAGCCAUACGAGGUGAACGUGGACAACCUCAGGAAGCGGAUGAGACGAUUGAGAAACUAGCCGACUGUCUUGAGACUGCGACACUUCUGGAGGACCGACGCGCUGGCGUACUUAGCUUAAAGGGCCUUGUACGAGAUUGGCCAGAGGAAGUAGGCAACAAGAGUCUUCCUGGGUUGAUUAAAGUACUUCACACGGAUUACAGAGAUGCAGAUGUCACAAAAUCUGUUCUCGAAACUAUUAAUGUGCUGUGCACUGUCGACCAUCCUGUAGAAGAUAGGGGAUAUCGCUUCACAGACUACUUUAUUGAGGACUCUACAAAUGUAACUCUCUUGCUCGAUAUUCUCGAGGAGUACGAUUUUUAUGUUCGAUUCAACACCAUCAAACUGCUCUCAACCAUCCUGACAAACCGUAGUAAGCGAAUUCAAGAGUGUAUCCUGACAAGUCCUAUGGGUAUCACUCGUCUCGUGGAUCUUUUGGAUGACAAGAGAGAUAUUAUCCGCAAUGAGAGUUUAUUGUUAUUAAUUGCACUUACUCGUAACAACACCGAGAUCCAAAAGUUGGUUACAUUCCAAGCAACCUUUGAGAAACUUUUGGUUGUGAUUGAGGAGCAAGAGGGUAUUUCGGGUGAUAUUGUCGUUCAAGACAGUUUGACAUUGAUGCACAACCUGCUUCGUUAUAAUGUUUCCGAUCAGGUAUGCACAUGGAGUUAA